GGGCGGCGAGACGAGACGAGCCGGGGCGGCCGUGCUGGGGCGCUGUGGGCUCCGCAAGCUCCUGGCCGAGACACGGCGUGGCCGCCCCCGGCACCCCACGAGCAGCACGGAGCCGGCCCCGGCCCUGGAACCGGCCGAGGAUGAACGGCGGGGAGGGCGGCGGUGGCCGGGCGGGCGCCAUCAGCUGCUCCCUGCCCGCCGUCCCCUCCAGCAAGCUGCCCGACCUGCGCUUCCUCAGCCGCGGCGCCUACGGCACCGUGUCGGCCGCCCGGCACGCCGACUGGAGGGUCCCGGUGGCCCUCAAGUGCCUGCAGGGGCCGCUGCUGGACAGUGAUAGAAACCACCUUCUAAAAGAAGCAGAGAUACUGCACAAAGCCAGGUUUAGUUACAUUCUGCCAAUUUUGGGAAUUUGCAAUGAGCCUGAAUUUCUUGGGAUAGUAACGGAGUACAUGACUAAUGGAUCACUAAACGAGCUUCUACAUGGGAAAGAUAUGUAUCCCGACGUUCCCUGGUGCCUGAGAUACCGCAUUCUUUAUGAAAUUGCUUUGGGAGUAAACUAUUUGCACAACAUGAAUCCUCCAUUGCUGCACCAUGACUUGAAAACCCAGAAUAUUUUGCUGGAUGAUGAGUUUCAUGUCAAGAUUGCAGAUUUUGGCAUGUCAAAAUGGCGUGUCAUAUCCAUGUCGCAAUCACGCAGCGAAACGUCCUUGCCAGAAGGAGGGACCAUCAUCUACAUGCCACCUGAAGAUUACAAUCCCAGUCAGAAAACCCGGGCAAGUGUGAAACACGAUAUCUACAGUUAUGCAAUUAUUAUGUGGGAAGUGAUGUCAAGGAAACAGCCAUUUGAAGAAGUUAUAAACCCCUUGCAGAUAAUGUAUAGUGUGUCACAAGGACAGCGACUAGACUUAAGUGAAGAAAGCUUAUCAAUGGACAUUCCUCAUCGAGCUUUCGUCAUAAGAUUGAUAGUAAGUGGAUGGGCACAAAACCCGGAUGAAAGACCAUCAUUCUUAAAGUGUUUAAUAGACCUUGAACCAGUCCUGAGAACGUUUGAUGAAAUCGCUAUGCUGGAAGCAGUAAUUCUCUUAAAGAGAUCAAAGUCACGGUAUGAAUCGCAAUGUAUUCACAAGAGUGGAAAGAAAACAGAUGUGGAGAAAACAUCUCUAAAUAUACCUCUGAAUCCCCAAGAGGAAACAGGUUCUGCCUCCAUACACUGUGAUGCACUUCCCCUUCGAAGUAUCUCUCCAGAUAUAUCAAGACUCAAGUCUAUUCCCAAGUAUAAUAUCCUCUCAUCAGAUGGAGAUUCUGGUAGUCUACACUCUCUCAGCUGUCAGAGCGUGGAUGAAAAUCUCUCCGUAACUCAAAGUGCCAAGCUUUUUGUGCACCCAUACAGUUACCUUCCCUCAUCUGACAAGAGUAUUUCAGUUCCUUCAAAUUCCUCAUCAUCUGUGCUGCGGACAUCACCAAUUCCUUCAGAUUUUGUUCUGGAAACAAUGCAACAGAAUGUAGCUCAUCAAUGGAUCCAAAGUAAAAGAGAAGAAAUUAUUGAUCAGAUGACCGAAGCAUGUUUGAAUCAGUCACUGGAUGCUCUUCUAUCAAGAUUUUUACUCAUGAAAGAAGACUAUGAACUUAUAAGCACCAAACCGACAAGGACAUCAAAAGUCCGACAACUACUCGAUACCUCAGAUAGCCACGGAGAGGAAUUUUCCAGAAUUAUAAUACAAAAGUUGAAAGACAACAAACAGCUAGGACUUCAACCUUAUCCAGACAUUGUAUCUAAUUCUCUAAGACUGCAUCUUUAAGUCUGUUUGUUUUUUUGUUUGUUUUUUUUUUUUGAAGCCCUGUGAAUAUUUCUUAAUACACAACCAUUGUUUCUAUUUAGAAGUUUUAUAUCUGUACUGCUUUAUCUUUACUACAUCUUUGUAGAGUCUCGGAAAAGACACUAGACUUCUCAUCUAGGCUGCAUUUGGUGAGUUGCCAAUUGAAUCAGUUGGAGUGCAGCCAGAAAGCCAAACACUUGACACUUGUUGACUGAAUUCAUACAAGUAUCGUGUUUAUAUGUGACAAAGUAAAAUCAUUAAAUGAUCCCUGUUUUACAUAUUUAAUGCUUAUACAUAUCAUAUUUUCUGUUUAUACAUAGCUUUUCCUAUCAUCUCACAGGACUGAGACAACUUAACUUGGUAUUGGUUGUCUUCCCUCUGUCUGAUUUUUCCUGUAGAUGGGGGAAAAAACUAGGUGCUCUAUUUUCAGGCUUGUAUACUGUGUUUGUAAAUAAAUCUUCUUCGAGCUAUACUGAGUAUUCCUCCCAAGGUACCUGUGAGGAGUGGUAGGUGGGUAGAAGUUUACAUUUGUAUUUUUACAGGAUUUCUAUUAUUGUUUUGUUUGCCCUAUUUUGUUGCCAGGGUAAUUCAGACCACUGCAAAAGAAGGAUGUGAAUCCAAAGAGGAGCCCCAGGGCAAGGAACACCUUGUGCUGAUCGUCAUUGUCCUAAGAACUGAUACAUUAGAAAGGGUGGAGCUCUAACCUUAUCUUAUUUGGUUACACCCACUUAAGUUCCUCUUGAAAUUAGAGUAUUUUAAGAUCCAGAUCCACCUUGUACAAGGGAACCCUCAGUUAAAGCCUCACUUACAGUCAUGGUUUUGUGUACGUAUUUCUUGUUCAUGCUGCUGGAUCAAACUUCUAAUUCAAUUUUGUUUUUCAUAUUUAUGUGAUGAGCAGUAGUUUGGUUCUGUACAAAUACCACAAACAUGCACUGCGCUGGCAGGCUGGAAAUAAUGUACGUGAGCCUCUCCAGUGUGGCAGCAGAAGCAAAGUGCUCAACUGUUGAGGGGUAAAUGCUGUACCCUGAGCUGCAUUAAUCUUCUCUGGACAUCUCUGUUAACCUUUUAUGUCUCAGGGAUGGUGCUAACAUGUAGAGACACAAGUUAGGCAACCUGAGAGCAAAAGGUAUGUGUUGGUUUUAUUAUUUAUUUAUUAAAAAUUCAUUACCUUGA